CUUGUAUUGAAGGUAUAGUCACACGAUUGUACUAUUACUUUGUUAGAUAGAGAAUUUCGAUAAUGAUCAGUGUAAAGUUUUUGUACCUGUUGUGUGCUGUCAUACAUGUUGAUGGGCACGGAAGGUUGUGGGAACCUCCGUCAAGAUCGUCUAUGUUUAGGAAAGGAUUCCCGACACCCCAAAAUAAUUUGGACAAUCAGCUAUAUUGUGGAGGGUUUUCGCACCAGUGGAGUACAAAUGGCGGGAAAUGUGGAAUAUGUGGAGACCCGUAUGAUCAAACGCAACCACGAGAAAAUGAGGCGGGAGGGAAAUAUGCUACAGGAAUUAUCUCUGCACAAUACACAGUAGGACAGGUCAUCGAUAUAAGCGUAGAAAUUACAGCAAAUCAUAAAGGAUGGUUUGAAUUCAGACUUUGUCCGAAUAAUGAUGUAAAGAAGCCAGCGACACAUGCUUGUUUGGACAAAUAUUUGUUGAAGCUGGCAGACGGAAGUGGCACAAGGGACCACAUUGAUACGAGUGUGGGCAUGCGUACAAAAAAGUGGAUACUUCCUUCCGGUCUGACAUGUACUCAGUGUGUUUUACAAUGGAAAUAUCAUGUUGGUAACAAUUGGGGUGUAUCUCCGGACGGAACAGGGUGUGUCGGAUGUGGGGCACAGGAAGAGUUUUAUGGUUGUUCGGACAUUGCAAUAGAAGAUCCGAAUGGAGCAGGGAUUCAAACCACACUUCCGGGUAGCACAAUCUCCACGUCAACCACAACGACUUCCAAGCUUACUACAACAACGACUUCUCCUACUGCAACUACAACAAUGAAUUCAAAUCCAUACUUGGGUAAAACAUGCGUACCAACUUUGGUAUAUAAAUACUCACCCGGGAUGACCUGGUGGUGUACGGUAAAUUGCCGAGGUGGUUAUUGUCCGGCGACACAUUGCGUGUGUACAUAGAGAUCUGCUCGGACUAAAUUCGAACCAUUUAUUAAUCCCCGGUACCCCGGUUCCGUUCUACAGAACAUACUAUAUAAUGUUCAAGUGCUAUUAUUUGUUGUUUAAUUGUUACGAUUUGUCAU